UCUCAGAACUGCGAAUCAGGUUUCAUGCUUAUGCACUCUCCGUGUGCGGAACUCGCUCCGUGGAACCACAACAUUCGAAUAUACGUAAAUCCGACUCAACUCUCGACGGAAGCAUGGACUCUAAACCGAACCACCCUCCGGAGAAUAAUCCGGCUACGCCUUUUUGGGCUUUUGGGAGAGUUGAAGAACUUGAGGUCUUCGCCCGACAGAAGGAUCAGAUAAUAGGCCGGCCGUUCCCGAAAGACACGUGCCCGCAUUGCGGAAUUUACUCAGGCACUGCGGAGGCACUCGAGGAGCAUCAGAGAUCGCAUGAGGCGAGCGGAAGACCCUACUCUCGAGACUUCGACCGAGAAUGCGCCGAAAUGUCCGAGAUUUUCGAAAAAGUUGAACGGGAGGUCGAACAAGUCAAGGAAAUGGGGAAGAUUCACCAGAGCUGGCGAAAUUUCGUUUUCGACUUCUACCGUCGGAUCGAGAAAGCGAUACCGGAAGAAGAACUCACCGAUUUGAAAAUCUCGGUCAAGAUCGGAGGGAAGUAUGUCGAUGCGGAAGAGCUGAAUCAGAGGCUUCGACAGAGACCUCCGGGACUACAUCACACGGGAAUCGAAACAUGUGGAUCACCAUUCAGCAAGCCGUGGUGAGAUUUGGACAGGAAUUUAGGCGUCAAGAAAUCUCCUAUCUUUCCAGACUCGUAACCAACCGCCGAUGGUCGAGCCGAGAGGCUCGACUAGCCUCUCUGGAGAAUUUUUCGUGAUAGGGAGCUCGUGGUAUAACACUGUGCGAUAUGAGCGAGAAAAAAUAAAUGAAACACAAUGGUCUCAAUCCGGUUCACACUUCAUGGGCCG